UCUUUUUUUUCUACAGGUGAUUGUUAAAAUUUCGGCUCUUUGGUGAAGGCUGAUUUUCACCAUGAUGCGCACAAGAAUUGAUUAUAUUAGUGAUUCUGUUUACUGAGUGUACUCACUUUUCGGUUCUCUUUCUGGAUCUCUCUCUUUCUCACCAAGGAGCCUCCAUUUGAUCAACAACAACAACCUUUGAUGGUAACAAUUUAUUCAUCAUCAUCCUGUAGUUAACGAACAAGAGAAAGAAAGAAAGAAAGAAAGAUGAUUCGAAAUGGAAACAAACCAUAACCGGAUGUUAUUGGAUCAUCUCUACCACUCAAACUCGAAUUCAUGAAAAGCUUCGAAGGCUUAAUUCAAAGCAAUUCUCUUCGUCUCUGGAAACUCUCUAGUCUCUCUUGUGAUUCUGAUGUUAUUUUCUUUUGUUAUUGUUUCUUUUAUCGGAAAAUGUUAAAUUAUCAACUUUAUUUAUUUUAAUUGUGAAAAUAAUUCUUUAACUACUGUUACCCCCUUGUUGUUAUUGUUACUCGACCAUCAUCACAAUUGUUUACAAAUAUCUUCGUUUACCUUUAUUAUCUUUACACUUCUUGUUAACUCUUCUUCUUUCAUCAUCUUCUCAUAUUCAGUGUUGUUUUAUCUAUCGAAUUUGUUAUUCUCUUUCUUUUAUUCUCUCUUUUUCUCUCAAAUGUUCAUCUAUUUUCAAUGUUUUACUUGCCUAUUCGAUGAUUUUUAAACACCAGUUAACUCAAUGAUUACAUUGUUUUCGUUAUUAUUGUUGGUUAAUUUUGUUACCUCUUCUACUUCUACUUCUACUUUGACCAUCUCUUCUUUAUACACUUUUAGUUUAAUUGAUCAAUUUACCUGUUCAGAUUUCAAUGGAUUCUAUCAUGUAAAUCAACCUCAUCCAAAUUGGUUACCAUUUGGCUUUCAUUUGUAACAUGAAACAUAUUUUACUCUGUUGUUGUGAAUUUUGGUGUUACUCUACUGACUGUUUCAAAAGGACUUUCUGAGAAUAACUUUUCGUAACCAACUAAUAUCAUUUAGUGUGGUGAACAAUCAUUUUUUUAGGAAUCAAAAGGAGACUUAUCAUCUCCAACUCCAUCCAAUAUGAAAUUCGGAUCAGCCGACUCGAAUUACAGUCAAUUAUCAUCCGAUUUAUCAUUAGAUGAAGAAAGAGAAGCUAUUGGACGGGAGACUGAACGACAGGCUUUUGCUCAAUUAGAGAAAGCGAGGAGUAAACCGGUUGCAUUUGCCGUUAGAACCAAUGUCGCUUAUAAUGGAGGUAUUGACGACGAUUCUCCUGUCCAUGGAUCUGCCGUAUCUUUUGGAAUCAAAGAUUUUCUUCAUAUUAAAGAGAAAUAUAAUAACGAUUGGUGGAUUGGGAGACUAGUCAAAGAAGGUUGUGAUAUCGCUUUUAUUCCGAGUCCAGUUAAAUUGGAAAAUUUGCGAAUCCAACAAACUCAAGCGAGUAAAACGAAACUUUAUGCUAGUAAAACGGGAUCUGGUUCGAACUUCGCUGGUCGAGUUAAUAAUGUUUUAUCUACUUCACAAUCUAAUUCAAGAGGGUCUACACCACCAACACCGGGUAAAUAUUCACUAUCAGAAAUUAAUAUAUUCGUUGUUCUGAUUUGUUAUUGUUUUCCCAUUUUCUUAGAUCAACCAAGUGAAAACCCCGGUGAUGAUGAAGGUCUUUCUCGAACGGGUAAAACUGCUAUAUCUACACCUCCAACGAGAGAGAAACGUAAACCUUUUUUCAAAAAGAGCGAGAAUAUACCUCCUUACGAUGUUGUGCCUUCUAUGCGGCCUGUAGUUCUAGUCGGCCCCUCGCUGAAGGGUUAUGAGGUGACGGAUAUGAUGCAGAAAGCGAUAUUUGAUUUUCUGAAGCAUCGUUUCGAAGGUAGGAUAAUCAUCACUCGUGUGACAGCGGAUAUAUCGUUAGCCAAACGCUCGCUACUUAACAAUCCAAAUAAAAGAGCUCUAAUCGAAAGACCUGGACCUCGUUCAUCAUGUUUAACUGCAGUCCAAAUGGAGAUUGAAAGGAUUUUUGAGCUCGCACGGACUAUGCAAUUGGUUGUGCUCGACUGUGACACCAUUAACCAUCCCUCUCAACUUGUGAAGACUUCCUUGGCCCCCAUCACUGUGUAUAUUAAAAUUUCAUCACCCAAGGUACUUCAACGAUUAAUCAAAUCUCGUGGCAAAUCACAAAGUCGAAAUCUCAAUGUUCAAAUGGUUGCUGCUGAAAAACUCGCCCAAUGUCCACCUGAAAUGUUUGACGUAGUUUUGGACGAAAAUCAAUUGGAAGACGCGUGUGAACAUUUAUCUGAAUUUUUAGAAGCUUAUUGGAGAGCUACUCACCCACCUGUUAAAGCUUCAUCUAUGCGAACUCCCUCUUCUACUAUACCCAAACCAAUGCCUUCUACUACUCAAUAUCCCGAUGAAGGAACAAUGAAAAGGCAACAUGGCCAUGAUUCUCGUUCAAUGCCCCAAGAAAUGACACUUUAUCGAUCAAAUCGUAUUCCCGCUGUUUCAUCUCACGAUAUGCCAGGUUCAAGACCGAUUGCAAGUGAUGGUUUCUCACCUGACAUGGGCUCGCCUACAGGUUAUCAAAGUCAUCGUCCGAUUCGCCAUGAGGUUUGUACAGCGAGAGACUAUAGUGCUAUGAAUAGAGAUCUAUCUGGUUGGAAUUCUUAUGUACCGGGUGCCCCCGAUCCAAUAGACGACUCAUAUUAUUACGAUACGAUGGCCGCAUCGUACAAUCAUUGGUACGCAUGUAGAACUUUCCAACUUGACUGAUUGAAUGUGUUCACCUAAACGUUACCAGCACACUGACAAUGGCUAAUUAAUUAACUGAUGAAAUAGCUCAGCUUUGAUACAUAAAACGAAAUCAAAAAACCAAAUUAAAAUCUGUUUGAUUAUAUUGUCACCAUUACAAAUCAAAACAAAACCAAAAAAUAAACAAAAAACUCAAAAAGUCAAAGAUUAUGUACACAAAGAAAAUAAAUCAACGAGUAAAAAAAAGUAAA